UGCGGUUGCUGUGCACCAUGCACAUCACCCAGCUCAACCGCGAGUGCCUGCUACACCUCUUCUCCUUUCUGGACAAGGACAGCAGGAAGAACCUUGCCAGGACCUGCUCCCAGCUCCAGGACGUGUUUGAGGACCCCGCACUCUGGCCCCUGCUGCACUUUCGUUCCCUCACAGAGCUCAAGAAGGACAACUUCCUCCUGAGCCCAGCGCUCAGGAGCCUCUCCAUCUGCUGGCACUCCAGCCGCGUGCAGGUGUGCAGCAUCGAGGACUGGCUCAAGAGCGCCCUCCAGAGGAGCAUCUGCAGCCGGCACGAGAGCCUAGUCAGUGAUUUCCUCCUCCAGGUGUGCGACAGGUGCCCCAACCUGGCAUCCGUCACGCUGUCGGGCUGCGGCCACGUCACCGACGACUGCCUGGCGCGUCUCCUGCGCUCCUGCCCGCGCCUGCGCGCGCUGCGCCUGGAGAACUGCGCGCGCGUCACCAACCGCACGCUGACGGCCGUGGCGGCGCACGGGCGGGCGCUGCAGACGCUGCACGUGGACUUCUGCCGCAACGUGAGCGCGGCCGGCCUGCGCUGUCUGCGCGCCGCGUGCCCGCGCCUGACGCUGCGCGCCGAGCACAGCGCGGCCAUGAUCCCCGAUCAGCCCCCACGCGGCCUGCGUUCGCCUGGCGCUGCCCUCCGCAAGCAGCUUCUGCGCUAGGCCAGCCGGGCCGUGGCUGGGACACCGGCCCUGGGCCUCCGGGCGGGAGGAGUGGCGUGCACUGAAUAACAGCCCCUAGACAGCCGCCACAUCCUCAGCCAAGAUGGGGAUACGAGCGCCUCCCCCACAUUACGAUUUUAUACAUUGGCUGAGUGCAAGAUUUGAUGGCCAGAUGCUUGGCAAACACUCGGGUGUUUCUCACUAAACACAGCACCCUUCCCUGUCUCCCCUAAGCACCCGGUUCUCCGCCUGGCGCUGCGCGGGAGCCCUUAGUCCAUACUCCCCGGCUGAGGUUGCAGUUGGUGAGGGGGGUGGUCUAAAUAACAGCCAUGGGGAGGCGUGGCCGCUCGGAGCUACCCGGGGGCGCGUCUCCGUGCUGCACCAGCGGGAGGAGGGGAGGCACCCCGGGCGCAGGGCGCUAGAGAGCCAUCGAACGGGUUAUCUAGAGGCUUUGCUCCGCGCCCACUCCAGCCCGCUAGCCUUUCAUCUGGCAGAUGCAUUCCUAGCAGUGACUGCAAACGCGAUUCUAGAAAAUUCACUUGUUGCUGUGAUUCUUUCAUAAACGAUGGUUAUCCUUAUUUUCUACCGUUCUCCCAUCAUAAAGGGAAACAAUCAUUGGAAAAACCCAAAGUAAAGACAUAAAAACAAAAGCAGCAGACCUGGUUAAAUCCUUGGUUAACGAAGCCAUUAAAAGGCAAUGCAAAGUUAA